UCCAAUGGCAGCCCAGCCGACGACAACCAUCGCGUUUCCACCCCCAAAAUGGCUGCGAAAUUGCGCGGGCAUUAGAGCCGCCGUUCAAAAUAAACGGGCGGAUUAAUUCGAGGGGGUGGCGCGGACAGGGUAGCUGUACACGCACGUACCCUUACGUGGAGGAACCUUGAGGUGUGUGUACCUUGCUAUCGGGUCAUCCGGAGACAGCAGAAAGACGCCGAGCGUCCCGACGACCGCACCGAGUUACCUCAAUCUGUCGGAUGUGAUGGAAUUUCGAUUUCGGUGCUUCACGUCUUUGACUGCAGCUGUCGGCCGUGACUCGUCGUCUCCUUCUCCUUCUCCUUCUCCUUCUCCGUCGAGUCUUCCUUCUCACCCUUCUCGACCCUCUCACGUGAUUUUACGAGUUUUGUGAUUUGUUUGGCCGAUUGGUGAAAAUUAAACUUCAGUUCGACGACAUGAUGCAGGAGCACAAAUCUUUUCUCAUUCGUGAUCUUCUGGGAGACGUACUUGUCGAUCGUGUUCGAGACGAUUCCGAAGACGAAUCUGCCCCUCAGUCCGACUCGGAAGACACCAUCGACCCAGGAAGCAGUCCCUGCACCAGACUGGGGAGCCCGCCACCGGCGCUAUCGCCAUCCCCGAACCCACCGACAUCCGGCAAGGCCUGCAACACAGCCGGAGGAGCACCCGGAGGCCGCAAGCCACGGCGAAGACGUACAGCCUUCACGCACGCGCAAUUGGCCUACCUCGAGAGGAAGUUUCGAUGUCAGAAGUACCUAAGCGUCGCUGAUCGCAGCGACGUCGCCGAUGCACUGUCCUUAUCAGAGACCCAGGUCAAGACCUGGUAUCAGAACAGAAGAACAAAGUGGAAACGACAGAAUCAACUUCGGCUGGAGCAACUUCGGCACCAGGCAACCGUGGAGAAGGAACUGCUGGCGCGCGGCGUGGGUCUCCAUCAUGCCAGCAUCGACGCCUACUGUCCACCUUAUUCGCAGAGCCAAACGGCAUCUCAUCCUCCAGCAGCAGCGGCACCGCCAGCACCAGCGGCCCCCUCGAGCGCCUCCACGGCCGCCUUCCUCUCGACGGCCGCCGCCCUCUUCAGGAACGUCACCUACGUCCACGGCUGUCCUCUCUAACCCAACCCCAGUCCUCGAGUCCUCGACCAUCGCGCCGCCACUCGCCUAGCCUACGACUACGACUACGACUACGACUACGAUUUCGUAAACUAUCAUCCUUACGUCUAAUAAGGAUGGGAUCGAACAUUUGACCCGGAGCCUCUCUUUCAUUUUAGACAGCCGAGCUCAACGCUCCUCGAACGGAGACCAAAAUCGCCCGACCAUUUCCGGGUCAUCUAACCGUCUUCGAGUCGUCAGGAUUAAUUUCACUGUAAAUAUGUAAUUAUUCAUUUGUAGCGCAGAUCGCACCAGCAGAUCGUCGAGGACGAGGUCCCGAGAGCCUCCACACUCCUUUCACUCCUUUCACUCCUUUCACUCCUGUCGCAGUUUCAUUGAAAAUUAUUCGAAUAUCUAACCGAAUUGCUAAUCAGUCGAAUUCGAAAAAACAAGCGUAUCCUUGUACCAAGGCAAGAGAUACGAAUUAAAGAUAUGCUCUUCCGAAAUCGUUCGCUUUGCGAUCAGAUAUUUAUAAUCAAUAACUAGAUAAUUUAUGUGACGAUAUGCUAAUUCGUUUAUAGACUAUCAUAGAUUAUAGGUGAAGAGGAGAUGCGUUCGUCGUAGUCAUUAAAUCAUUUAUUAUAAUCCAGCGUAACAUAACAUAACAUAAGAACGUGCAAUCUCGAGGUAAACUUGUCUAUGUUGAUAGAAAUUUUAUUAAAGUAUGUUGUAUCAAAAGAUCGCUGCGUCCGCGUUCAUCAUUAUCUUCAUUAAGCUCGGUCGUUCGUUAGUCAAUCGCCGAUUCACCUGGACAUAUUCACCUUCAAUGAAUAUUAUUAAUAUUAUUGUUGAUAAAGGAAUUAUUAUAUCAUCUAAGGAGAAAUAUAUAAAAUAUCAAUCUAACUCUGCCUGAAUUUCCGUUUAGUUUGCUAGUUUGCGUCGCGUGCUGUGUGCGACGGCAUUAAGCUGUGUCGCUCUCUCAUUCGAUUUUAUCUCUCUCGCCGUUAUCCGCGAAAACAUCGAUGACUCCUGGUGGUCAGCGCGGUGGUCAGGUAGGUAGACGGUAGAACGAAUAAUGACACUUGAGUCGUUCCACGACUUCGGACUCUGACGUUCAGCUUUGUAAUUACAGUGAAAUGUAGCCACACGAGACACGUGGCCAGAAAAUAAGAAGUUAUUCAGAAUUGAGAGCACGCUAUUCGAGGAAGGUAAUAGGCUGAAACCGAUACAAGUCGAGUGCCCUGUUGAGCGGUUGAGCGGCUGAGAGGUUCAGAGGUUGAGAGUAUAGUUACUGACUAAUUGAAUGCACGGGAUUGAAUCUAUAUGCGAAUCUUAUUCUACUGUGAUUUAGCAAUGGUAAUUGCUUGCGGCGAUCCAACUUUUUGGUCAAGUAUAAGAAUUAAGAAACGAAAAAAUAUGGAUGCAGGAGUAUCCGUGAGAAAUGGAGAACUGUCGUUUCGUGUCGUCGUUUCGUGUCGACACUGUCCCAGCACUGCUCAGGGUUCAGAGAGAGUCGAAGAAAAUUGCUCGUUGCAAACUGGAUCUGCUUCCUUGAAAAUAUUCCAAUUGGGAUCCUCGGCUUGCAGGACUUGCAGGAAGCAACC